GACUCGAUUCGGUCGGAUACGUGCUUUUUGGAAUUUCUGGGGUGGAUCGGGAUGUUCAGUGCGUGUCAAUUUUGAUGGCCUUGCUGUUAAGCUGGCUUGGUUGCUGUUGGCUUUUGCAACCAGUAGUAGGUUGUCCAUUCGAACUACUUCACCAUUGCUUCUCCACCAUACAAAGAUGAAUCCGAUUGUCCGAAUCAUACUGAUAACAAGUCCUGAUAGUCGUGACAAUGGUUAAUCCAAACAUGGUAGAUAGAAGUGGAGCUUGAUUGUAACUAGUCUCUUUUCAGCUUUCAAUCUUCUAAGCCUACUCAUUAUGAGGAGCCUGUCUUGGGUUAAGUGAGCUGACCCUUUUUCCCUAUGUUAUAGGAGAACAUUGGUGGAUUUCUCAACUGGUGGUGGGAAAUAAACCGAAGGCCCCAGCAUCCAUCCUUGUGAUAUCAAUCAUAACAUUGGGGCCUUCUUCAGUUUACAAAUUAGACUGUUCAAGAAGGCGUCCAACAGUCAAAAUGCAUAGACAGAAGAUCCCAAACUCUGGGUGGGCUGCGUUUGAUCGCAAGUGGCGCAGCACAGAUGGCAGAGGGGAUGAAGGUGGGGGCGAUUCUUUUCCGGCUCUCUCAGAUUUUGGGGCUCCCAAUUCUGCUAGCAGCUCCAUUACAGGAAACAGUGGGCUGAAACCAAAGCCUUUUGCUUCAGUGGUUCGCCCUAGUGUUGAUUUUGGUGCUGUUAGCAAUGGGGGCGGAAGAGAUCAUGUGGGUAAUGUGAAUCAUGGUGCAAGUGCUGCAUCUGAUAAUAAAUAUAAGCUGUUGAAAGAUGCUCAUAGUUGGGCUGACAGUAAUUUAAUCGAGGAUGUAUUGGCUGCUGUGAAUAAUGAUGUCACCCAAGCAUCUGAUUUGUUGAAAGCUAUGGUCUCUCCUGACUUGCAGACAGGAGAGGGCAGCACAUGUGGCCAACUUGCUGCUGAGAUGAAUAAACCUCAUAGUUUACCAUCAGAAGAUUCUAGAGCAGACAAUAGAAAGCCAGGUAGCUCACAUUUGUUGCCACUGCCAAUGAAUUUGUCCUCCAUACCCUUGGAGCCUGAAUUGGAGGAGCUUGAUGAUGAUUACUUGAACUACCGGAAAGAUGCAUUGAAGAUGAUGAGAGCUGCCACAAGGCAUUCCCAGUCCGCUAGCAAUGCAUUCCUGAGAGGUGAUCAUGCGGCUGCCAAGGAACUUUCUCUCAGAGCUCAGGAAGAGCGGGUGGCUGCUGAAAAACUGAAUAAUAAGGCAGCAGAAGAAAUAUUUCGUCUCAGAAAUAGUAAUAAUGACAUCUGGAAGAUAGACAUGCAUGGUCUACAUGCCUCAGAGGCUGUAGAAGUAUUGGAGAGGCAUCUUCACAUGAUAGAGUUCCAGCAAACUGGGAAUAAUUCAACUUCAGCUGAGGACUUAGCUAAUUUGGAAGGUGCAUAUUCGGAAUCAACCACUGGUUCAAAUGUUGAGCUUGCUGCUGAGAAGGUAGUGUUACAGAGACCUAAGCAGGCUAUUUUACAUGUGAUCACAGGGAUCGGCAAACAUAGCAAAGGGCAGGCUUCACUGCCUGUUGCAGUUAGGAGCUUUCUUAUUGAGAAUGGGUAUCGAUUUGAUGAGCUGAGGCCUGGUGUUUUUGCUGUUCGUCCCAAAUUCCGCCGCCAGUGAACCUGCAGAAUUUUGUACAAUUGUAACAUGAUGCAUAAGUUGUGCCUAGAAUGGCAGGAGGGAAUAGCAGAAAUUCCAGCAAUAGUCUAUUUAUCUUGAAUUUAGCAAAUUUAUACAUGUGUUGAUGUUAUUUAGUCUCACUGAACUGUAAUUUCGUAGUCACUUGAGAAAAGACACAUAAUUCGUUUGUAAUGUUCUGUAACUGUUCUAGCGUACAGAUUGACAUGCAACAUUGUACCACAGAAUUCAAUUGUAAUUGUCUGUAACCAGUAUUUAGUUACUCUAUAGCCUGAGGCUAUGCGCUUGUAAACAUUACCUAUUGUCUUUCUUUUUUUUGAAAGAUUAAACAUUACCUAUUGUCGCAA